CAAAAUCUGGUACAAGGGGGAGAUCCUCAUAUUAUACAAUUCACCUCCUACCACAAUCGACUUAAAAUUCUAAACCUAUGUUCAAUCAAGCAUCGCCGGCUCAAAUCCCAACUCAUGCUUUUAUAUAAUUUUAUUUGUGAAUCUUCCUUUCUUCCUAAUAAGGACUCUCAUUUCAAAUUAUCCACUUCAUCUCGCCGUCCUAUGCGAUUGUCCUGCACUUCCCCUUCCUCUAGUGAUUUCUUUGUCAAAACUAUUCCCGUUUGGAAUGCCAUCACUACUAAUUGUAACUCUUUCCUCUCUCCAAUUUCCUUCGAACAACUUCUCGAAAAUUCUAUUAAUAGACUUUAA